AUUACGAGAGCUACUGCAUGCAUGUACAGUAAAUAAAAAAGAGGAUAUUUGCAACACACUACAGUUAGAUUCAUUUACUGCAUACAUUCAUGGCUACUUGAUUUAUUCAGUCAUAUUUUAUAUCAUCACCUGAAUAAAAGGAUAUUUCCGUGAUAUUUAUGGUUCCAUGAUGUCCGGGACAUCAAGAAUAAUAUCACUGAGUAUUGCUGUCGUGGUUUUCAUCUUCAUUGACGGUACUCAAGGAGACUCAUGCCCAUAUGACUAUGGGUUUUCUUUUUGCCCAAGACCAUAUGACCCGUAUGAAUGGUCAACAUGUUGUCGUAUCAACGGAAUUCCACAAUGCUGUAACCCAACUAUUCUUGCGACCUGGGCGAUUGGUGUGCUUGUAACGACUUGCUUCCUCAUCUCAUUCGUGUUUAUUCUGAUGGUCUGUGCUUGCUGUCCUUGUUGUUGGCUAGCGAGCCGCCGCCGCCACUCCCGCUAUGUUGUGGUGUCUAACGAGACUCCGGUUGCCUACCCUUCUUCUACGACCAGGACCACAUACGUGUACAACUCUUACCCUGCCCAGCCCAAUUACAACAGCACUGGAUACGGUCAACCUACAGCACCACCCAUGGGAGCCAAUUCUUCUACCACAACCACUUACAUUAAACAGUAAUCCCAAUCGGUGAUAGUGGUUUGGUGUAUCAAAUUUCUAGUGAAAAAUCAACCAAAGAUAACACUCCUUUCUUCAUUUCAUUGGAAUUGAUGGACAUUUUUUUGUUUUAUAAGUUCUCAGGUGGUACAAUAAGGGAUUUUAUUCAUCCAAUCUGAACCUUUGGUAUACAGAUGCCCAAUAAUGUGACUAUUAAUCUAACAUUCCUAUCCUGAGGAGAGUGACCAUUAUGACACUAUUUAUUCACUGAUUCUUUUCUCCAUAAACAAGAUUUAGCAUCCUCUCUCUGUCAUGCUGCUCACAUAUCAAAAAUCUGUACAAAGAUUGCAUCCUGAAAUUUCUUGUCCCAUUCCAUAUCUGAAAAAUUUAAUAGAAAAUAAUUUUUUUUCAUGUAAUUCUAUCUGGAACUGAAUUUUUAAAAUUUAGAUAUUUUUAUUGUAAAUUUAACCAGUGAAUCAUUUUUCGAUGUACCCUUUCAUUGAUCUUUUAUACUUGCUUUUAGUAAGUCUUUUGGUUGCUUUCAAAAAAAAUUUCAUUGUGAUGAAUAAUAAACAAAGUUAACUUAUUUUGAGAAAUUGCUCAUCAAAUAUGUUUUAUUAAUCAAUUCUUAUUACUGAAUGUGUUGAUGUUCACAUGCAUAUGUACAUGUAACCAGUGUGUGGAUUAUCAAACUGUUUAAAAUUUACAAAGACUUUCAAUAUAAGACAAACAUCUGAAAGAAAUUAAUAAUAUUUUAAAAUAUUGAGGAAUGGAAGAUCUCCAUUUCAAAGAGUAAAAAUCUAGCAUGAUAUCUAUAUAGAAUUUCAUAUUAAAAAAAAAAAGUUUGAAGUAAAGUUCUGCAUGUUUUUAUUAGUUCAUCUACAAAACUGAAUUCUACUUUGCAUGCAAUUUAGAAAAAAAGUUACAGUAUAAAUUUUCUACUACUGUAUUUUACAUUCAGCAAGAUUUUAACAAAUUACUGCAAGCCUUGCAUGUUGUAAUUGAUCAUGUAUUGAUCAUUGGUAUUGACCAUUGUAACAAAGAACUUCCAAAGUUAAGCACAGUCAGCAGAGUUGGUCCACUCUUGAAAAAUAAUGCAUAACCAAAAUAUACACACCAUCAACUAGGUUUGAUCAUGCAGAAAAAACUACUUUUUAUAUGAGAAAGCAUUUUUGUAUUGUGAGAAGGUGACAGAUUUUUUCAUACAUGGUCAAAAUUUGAUAACAACGAAAUAGUAGCAAUUUUAGAUUUAAAAAUGAGUGGUUGAUUUGACCGUGUCCAUGACAUGAUGGACAUGUGCAUAAAUGAUAACCUGUGUAUUCUAAGUGUGUUAAUUGAAAAGCAAGCUUCAUGUACAGUAGAGUAGGAGCCUUGGAUCACAUUAGAGAACUUGCAAGCCAGUUGGGAGGGGGGGGGGCAAUCUGCUUGAAAACAAAGUCAUGCAGAUAUGAUCUCUAAAUUUCUCAAAUCAUAUUAACAUUAGAUCAGGACUUGUUCCUAUUCACAGAGCUCUCUGUUUUGUACAGACAUAUUAUGAUAUGCAUGAUUACUAUUAGUUGCAUAUUUGUUGAGGCAUACCUGUACAAGCCUCCAAUCAUGAUUAACGUUAUGUAUCCUGAAAUAUUUUUUACAUCUAUGCUAAAUAUUUCAUUUCUUUAUUCUAAAUAUGUCAGAGCUUUUUACCAAUAUCUUUUUUCCUCAGUACUACAUAGUUUUAGAAUAUAUCUGUAACAUUAAUAUGACUGUGCAAAUAUAAUUAGUCUGUAGUGUGUGCACACUGUUUGCAUAUAAUUUUAAAGUAGUAAUGUAUUUUUGCAAUGUGUAUAUAUAGACUGAAUGACUGAAAUUCAUAAUUUUGUACUUUAAUAAGAAUACUAAAUAAACUAAACUAAUGUAAA